CCUUAAAAUAUAAAAUAUUGCCUGUCCUCUCUCAAUUUGAAAAUAGAAGGCAAGACCAGUUGAAUUCUGUCCGUAAUAACUUUGUAAGGGAGAAGUGGAGAAUCCAAUUCAUUUUAAGACAAUGAGUCUUGGAUGGUGCAGACUUUUUGGGUACUCUGUUUUUGUCGGAUUCCUCUUCUUCCAUGGCUUUUCUACUUCUGAAACAGCUCCAAAUUACUCUUUCAUGCGUAAUGCACGAUUGGCUCCAACUGUAUCUUACUAUGAUUACAUUAUUAUCGGCGGCGGCACCGCUGGCUGUCCAUUAGCCGCUACUCUCUCGCAAAAAGCCACUGUUUUGCUAUUGGAACGAGGCGGCUCGCCGUUUGGAAAUCCCAACAUCACUGAAUUAACCGCCUUCGGUGCUGCUCUCUCCGACCUUUCUCCGACUUCCCCUUCUCAACGGUUCGUCUCUGAAGACGGCGUGAUCAAUGCACGCGCUCGCGUCUUGGGCGGCGGAAGUUGUAUCAACGCAGGAUUUUACUCACGCGCCUCCACGGAUUAUGUCAGGGAACUAGGAUGGGAUGGUCGGCUCGUGAGUGAAUCGUAUCAGUGGGUGGAGAAAUUGGUGGCAUUUGAGGCGGAGAUAGGGCCAUGGCAAUCGGCGGUGAGAAAUGGUCUAGUGGAGGCUGGAGUGUUGCCAAACAAUGGCUUCACGUAUGACCAUAUUUAUGGGACAAAGGUUGGUGGAACAAUAUUUGAUCCACAUGGGAAGAGACACACGGCUGCCAAUUUACUCGAUUAUGCAAACCCAACUGGCCUCACUGUCCUAUUGCAUGCUUCUGUCCAUAGAAUCUUUUUCCGAACCAAAGGUACGUAACUCUUUUAGUUAUAAUUAAAGAACAGAUUGAGAU